CGUUGCAAUUGUUGCAUCUGCAGUUUAAAAUGUUCGAUUAUUUAAAAUACCAUGGCUGAUGGUGUAGUAGAGGAUUCUAUCGAGGAGGUUAUGCAGCAGAAGGCGCCAGGGGUGCCUAGUAGUCUCAAACUCCAUCAACCGCAAAGUUCGGGGGCUCAAGUCCGCACGAAGGGCUUCUCGGCCAAUUUCUUCAAAGCCACCUUCAGCUCGAGAAGUAAGGCGGUCCCUGCCGCCAGCUCUACCCACUUCGUCUCCGAAACCACCAAAAUAGGCAGCGCGGAGACCAAACCUAUAACGAGAAAUCGGCCUAGGACUGCACCGCAAGCCGAUACUUCGACAAAGGUCAAACUAAAAAGGGCUGAUCCGAAUAAACCGCCAGUUAAACGUCCCGAUAAAUUAACGCUUGACUUCAAACGUCCUGAGAGACCAAAACAAGCGCUCACCCCUACCCCCGAUCCAGGGGGGCCAAAGACCCCCAAGGGAGACCCCAAGAAUGACCUAAAAAGCCCAAGAGUUGUCCUACAAAUAGUGAAAAAGUCACACGCACCGCCGACACCGAGCAGCAUCCUGCCGCCAUCUUUGAAACCUAAAAUCGUCGAUCAAAAACUUAAACUUACGAAGAAUAUAAACAACAAUGACGUCUGGACGAAUUACGAAACUAAAUCCUUGGAGCGGAAGAAACCAGCUUCGAUAUUGAA